AUGUAUAUUUUUAAACAAAAAACUUCGUGACAACAUCAAAACAAUGAGACAACUGUACAAUAGAUUCAGAUUUAUAAGCAAUAAGAAUAUCCAGAAUACAAAUAGAGAGCUCAAUGUAACUCUGCAACUUCUGCUAAAGAAUUACUUUCGUAAACUGGUGAACUUAAAAGUAAAAACAGAAGAUAUGGAUAUUUUUUUGGCAAAUGUAUUUAAUUUUAAUUAUCGAAAUCUAAUCGUCUCUCAAUCGACUCCUUAUAUGAAUUUUAAAACAUUUUCCAGUGAUGAAUUGCAGGUGGACGUAAAAGAGUUAAUUAUCAAGGAACAUUUUAUGUCGCUGUAUAUGUUGAUACCUUCUUCAACAAGCACUAACAAAACGGUCAAAACAGAUAUGAGCAUUGGCCUUUCCAGCUUGAUUGAAAGAUUGUCAACAAGCGAGGGAAUGGAUAUACUUCAAAAGUUACUGUCUUGUGCAGAAAGAGAUAAAUCACUGUCUAUCGUUAUUCCGCCGACCUUCGAAAUCGAAAAGUAUCUGGAUAUGCGUGCUCUGUUGAGGGAACUAGGCGUCGAGCAAUUAUUGACGUCCGACGCGAUUCCUUUGGACCACAUCUUUGUGGAAGACAAUCAAUUCGUGCACUUCGGCAAUGCCGUGCACCGUGCUCGUGUCAAGGUCACGCAGGAGGACGUCAAGGCGGCUGCAGUAACCGUAAUCAGCGGACAGGAACCCUGUUCGAACGACAUUAUAACCGACGUAAAUACCGAUUAUCCAUUUCUUUGGUUAAUUUACGAUAAAAUGAAAGCAGAUAUUCUCUAUAUCGGCGUCUUUAAUGAAGUUAACAAGCCCGUUUCUUGA